CGAAUCACAAGUUAGUUCUCGACAAUAUGACUACUCUCAAAACAUUGUAUCUCUUGAUAUUGUUAGUGGUUCUGGUUAGUUGUGACCCAAUAAAUAGAGAUUCUGUGAAUAAUGACUCUCCUCAGAAAAUUGUUACCCGUUUCCGGAGGCUGUCAGAAGCUGAAAACGAUUCUGCGAUGAAGAAUUCCUUGAUGCAUUCAACAUUGAAAGGAGACGAUCACGACGAUUUGCCAAAUGAAAGUGAUGAAAUGCCAGCUUCGGAAAGACUAAAAAGAUCUUCCAAGUCAUUCAAAAAGGGAGGCGGUGUAGCUAAAGGAGGUGGUGGCUGCAAGAAAGGAAGGAAAUGAAGUAACCACAUAAAUUAAAAUGAAACCCAUAUUUAUUAUAAUGAGCUUUCAAUUUUAUUCACAAAUAAAUAUAUGAUGCAUACAGAA